AUGCUCCCACACAGCUCGCAGUACAGUGCGUACGGCAGCGGCCGCGCAGGUCACGGCCUCUCGCAGCCGGGCGCCGCGCCCUCGUCCGACUUUGACGAACUCUUCUCGAGCCAGCCGGGACCCUCUUCCGGCUUCGGUCACCAACCCUCGCAAUCCACCAAGCGGCCUCGCUGUCCGGAAUGCGGCACGCGCAAGAUGCGUCUGCGCGCCGGCCAGCUUAUCUGCAAGCGCGGCCACGUCCAGCAGUUCUUCCGCGUCGAAGAGGCCGAGGGCGACGAGUACAUUGGCGACGGCAUCGCGCGCAAGCGCAGAGUCCAAAAGACACACCGCGUGCGCAGACUCAAGAGUCAGCAUACGCCGUGGUACUCGCAGCCGGAAACCGACGUCGAGCCCGAGGACAGCGAGGAGGAUCAGCUGGAGCACGAGAGCACACGUGCCAAGAAGCGGCCGAGGAGCUCCAGUUUCCGUUCUGCAGGUGCGGAAGAGGAUGAAGACGAGCUUCUUGAAGACAGUCAGGAUGAAGGAUCCGAUAAUUUAAGAGCUAGGCCCUACUCGAUCAGGGAAGAUAGCUUCUUCGAACGCACGCCUCGCUCGCUCCGAAGCUAUGCAGCUUCCUCGGCCGCCGAGGAGAGCGGCUUCGAGUCCGAGCUCGAUUCUCAUGCCCGUGCAUCCCGCCGCGGCAUCCGCAGUAUCUGGCGCUCCGGUGUCGGCCUCCACGGCGCCUUCGAAGGCCGUUUUGCGCUGCUCCAAUGCCUCCAGCUCGUGCUCCGCCUCCAGCUGCAAAGGCUGCGUGAGCUCUGGGGCGACAGACUGCCUCGCGAGACCGAAGCGGUGGCGCGCGAUCUAUGGGCGAUGUUCGUCUCGCUCCUCCCCGUCGGCCACUAUCCACCGGAGCCGCUGAUCGCCGCGACGUUCGACUGGCACACGCGCACGGCGCUGUCGCAGGAACGCGCCGCCGAGAUCUUCCCCAACCACCAGACGUACGAUCCGGAAGCCGACAUCCACGCCCACAGGCGCACCAUGCUCUUCAACGCCUUCCACCACCACUGCGAGCGCAGCGCCAGGGGCGAGGAUGUGGCUGCACGCCGCUUCCCCACGCAGCAUGCCGACGACCGCGCCGACGCCGAGGACCCAGGUGUGGCCAAGGAGUGCAUUGAUUGGAUCGUCGGCAAUGCAGAGGACCAGAGUGUGAGGUCAAGGUCGCAGCGCUCGAGCGAGGUGGAGAGUCUGGCGGACCCAGAGGACGAAUUGGCCCAACUCGACCCGGUCUUUGCCGAACAACGCCGGCGGCAGCAGGCAGCAACGUCCGAGAGCGAGCCACACGACACCGAAACCGAGCACGGCGGACAGGGCGGGCAGGGUGGGAGGACGAGGCGCAAGCGAAAGCGCAGAUUCCUGCCGCCCUGGGCGACCAAGAAUGCGGUGGGUACUGCGCAGACCGAGAUCCUGCAGCUGGCUACGGUGCCUACAACGGUAUCCAUCGUGUACCUCGCGCUGCACUUGCUCAAGGUGCCUGUAUUCUGGGCGGACUUGAUGAAGCUGAUUGCAUCGUACGAGCUGCCGUUUUUGAAUGUGGUGCAUCGGCUGCCACUUGCGCUCACGCGCUCGCUCAACAAGGAUAACGUCCACCACCAUCUGCUCGACACGGAUGCGGUGCCGAGCAUCUCGGCGCUGCAUCUGCAUACGCUUGGCGUGGCGGAGCUGCUGCAGCGCACGUACGGCGUCGAAUUCGGCGAUGCCAAUGUGUCCGGUCAGCUCGCGCGGAUGACAGAAGCCAUGUUGCUGCCCCCGACGUUCUAUGUGGCGACGAAGAGAUUGCUGGAUGUUGUAGCGCGCGGGGUGACACCCCAGCUGCUGCCUUCACGCAGCAAGGGCAAACAAGAUGAGGAGGAUGGGAAGAAAGCAGGGUUGCCGGGAGCGGCGUUGGUGCAGCGGCUGCCGAAGGAGUUUGUGCUCAUGGCUGCAUUGCUUGUCACCGUCAAGAUGCGCUACGGGCUCGAUGGGCAGGAGAGGUGCGAGGGUGUGGGUGUGGAUGGAGCCCUUUCGUGUGCGCCCGAGCUCGACGCGUGGUUGGCAGCACUCGAUGCGAGGAGGGACCGAUUUCGCGCGUCGAAAGAGGCAGUACCGCGCGUCGAUCCGACCGAGCUCGAUCCGCUCAGUAUGUCGGACGACCAGCUGGACGCAUACGCCUCGUUUGUCGAGACCAACUUGGUGCUGUCGAACCACAUUGAUCUGCACGAAUGGCGCCGACUCGAGCCGCAGCAUCGAUGGGCUGCUUUCACCAAGUUCAUCCCGGAGCUUUCCGAUUCGAACCCUCAAUGUGGGGAUGGUUCUGGUCGCGGUGAUGGAGGAGGUACGAAGGAGUGGGCCGAGCUGGAGGCGGAUUUGCGCGGGCUUUAUCGACGACACACUGCACGACCUGGCGAAGGGGGUUUGAAGGCGGGGGAGCGGUAUGUGAUGCACCAGUUUGCGCCGGGUGCGGGUGCGCCCUCGGAUGCGGAUCCGCUCGGGCUGUGUUACUCGCCGCUGUACCCGCGCGUUAUGCAGCAUGCCAACGAGGUGGUGGGCAUCCGUACGCCCCAGUCGGCCAGUGUGGCUAUGGACGUGCUGGUGGAUCUCGAGUGCACGCGUGCGCGCACGCGCGGCGCAGAUGCGGUUGUCAGGACCUGGGAAAUGGCUUAUGGCAUACAGGCUCACCUCGAGGCUGUCGAGAGGAUGCUCGAUGCAGAGACAGAACAUAGGGCAAGGAAUAUCAGGAGGAACCUCGCCCGAAAAGCCCCUGCACGGUCGACCGAAUCCGCACCACACCACCUCGAAGACGAACAGCACCAAGAGCAUGAAGAAGAGCUGGAGGAAGAGCUUGAACAGGCGCAGCAGGAACAGGAUCAACACACCGACGAGUACCAAAACAGGAGCAAGCCGCGAGACACCUGA